AUGUCUUCUUCUGCCGCGUGUAUCUUCUGCAAGAUCAUCAAGGGUGACAUCCCUUCAUUCAAGCUCUACGACAGCGAGAAAGUCUUUGCUUUCCUUGACAUCGGCCCUCUGAGCCGUGGCCACGCGCUCGUAAUCCCCAAGUUCCACGGCAAGAAGCUUACCGAUAUCCCUGACGAGGACCUCCUUGAGAUUCUGCCCGUCGCAAAGAAGAUCGCCCAGGCUAGCGGUGCCGAGGACUUCAAUAUCCUGCAGAACAACGGCCGCAUUGCCCACCAGGUUGUUGACCAUGUCCACUUCCACAUGAUCCCUAAACCCAACGAGACAGAGGGUCUUGGUGUAGGCUGGCCCUCCCAGCCCGCAGACAUGGACAAGCUCAAGGCCCUCCACGAGGAGCUCAAGGCUAAGAUGUAA